UUUUUCAUUUUUGACAUUUGCGGAAUGAUGUGCUAGACAAUCCAAAUUUUCAGUUUUCAUCUAGUUUCAAAUUAUUAUGAGUCUACCAGAUACCGACAAAAGCGAUACGGAUAUUAGUUCGAAUCCAUCGUGGAGUGUCAUUGGAGAAACCGACGAUUCUCGCCAGGAUUCCUUGCAAAACAUCGUGAUACAACCCGACAUUGACAACACCCAUGGAUUAGAUGAAGAAAACAGAGCUAGUGAUAUCGACAGCUCGUUUAUAACAAUACCAGAAGAUGCGGCAUGGACGAUAGAUCCAAACGACCAUGUUCCACCAGCGAGAAAAUUGAAGAAAAAUAAGUCCAAGACGAUCUACUCUGAGCCUUUAAGCAUAGUGACAAUCAUAGCUUCAAUACUGACUAUAACAGGUAUCACCAUCCUUUGUAUGCUAUUUCCUCAAGAUAUCGACACUCAAUCUCACGAACAAGUACACAAAGCGUAUGUUGAGGUAGUCAGUAGGACAGAUAAGACUAUACCUGAGGUUAUCAAUAAGACUUCUGAAGUGCUGAAAGUCGUAGCUGAAACUAAUUUAUUGGACAAGAUACAUGAUAGAUUAGAAUGUGAUGAUGGCGGAGAGUGCAGCAAGGAAGAUGAUACUUGUCCAGCAGAUGGUGAAGCGACGGAUUCAGACACAGACCAUGAUGGCUUUGACCAUUUUCCAGGUAAAAGGGAGAAGAAAGGCUCUUGGAAGAAAACAAGAUCUAAAUUGACUCCGAAGAAAUCUAAAAAGCAGGACGGUGUUUCCAACAACACCAAAGAAAGCACGAAAACUGAGAUGACUUCACAUCCCCAAAAAGUGCAUGAGGUAAAUAAUGUAACCAAACUCGUUGAGCAGACCUCAAGCGUCAAUGCGCGAUCUCAGUCUAACGCAGUUAAUAACAAGACAAGUUCACUUAAAACUUACAAAAAGGUAAUGGAUAGGCAAACGAAAGAUCUUGUUAAAGAAACAAAUGAAUUACUUGUUUCUACGAUGAACGAAACGUCUAAUCGACCUCAAUCCGCGCCUUUCUCAAAUAAAAAAGUUACAAAAAAGGUGGAUCCAACCAAAGAGCCUGCUCUUGAUCUAAUCAGGCUAAUGACAAACGGAACUGGACGCCACCAAGAAAUUGAGGAACUAAGAAAAAGACGGGAGUGCGCUGGAAACGACUACAGGCGGAGAAUAGAUCUCAUAAAGCAGGAAUUCAGAGAUGAGGUAAUGCCAACUAGAUAUAUUGAUUUUUCGCAAAGAUCCCAAAAGAUACGAAUGAUCAGGCAAAAAUAUGUAGCAUUUCUGAAGAUGCAUAGAGAGAGAUAUCUUGCUCAGUUGAGGAGGUACAGAGAAGAUAAACAGAAACUAGUCGAUGAGAUUUGUCUUAGAGUUCAAGAAAGCACCAACCAGAAGGAUGCCUCAGUUGGCAACUAUGCAGUCUUGCUUGAUGGGUAUGAUUUCCGUCAGACUUUGAAGAACCUAGCUUGCAAUGAAGCCUCGUCCGGAAUCAGCCACAUGGAGAACUUGAUGUCAAUUAGGGAUACUGCAGAGGAUUCGGUGAAAUAUCAGUCAGCAGACCAUAAACUUUCAGAGAUAGGAUCAGCAUCUAGAAGUCAAAACUUAAAUGUUAUGGCUAACUACUCAACCAAGCAUCACAGCGGGUCAAAGACCAGCUUAAAGAAGAAACCAAGCGACAAAAAUAACGAAAAACUGGCUCAUAUUGUUGAGUGUCCUUUGGUAGAAGAAGUUGUUGGAAAUAUGAUGUCUAACCUGUCGCAGCUCAGUACUAGCUUUUCUAACUUAAACGACAGAAUUAGCAAGUCUAAUGCGAUGCUAGAUUCAGGGUUUGCUGAGCAGACUGGAUCUAAUUCAAAGAUAGAGGAAAAUAGUAAUGAUAGUAGUUCUGGACAACAAAAAAAGGAGUCAAUCAUACAAAUUAGGAACGAACACUUGAAAAAAGGUGACACUUGGUUGGAGUCGGAAGAGCCUCACUCAAUUGACAAGUCGAGCUUAGGAAAGAAGACCGAAGAACUGGAUACGAAGAAGAGCCUUGCCAAUCAAAGGAUAACGAUCAAAACACCUACCGAAAUGCUUAAAGAAGACCUAAUAAACAACAAUAAUAUUGAUGCAAAGAAAGACACGGAUGAUGCAGAGCUAGAAGAAGGCAAGAAGGACGGUGACAAUUUAAAGGCCCAGAGGUGGAGGUACAAAACACCUUCUGAAUUUUCGGAAGAACACAUUAAAGAUGGUCAUUUGGAUAACUGGGAUGCCAGAAACAGACUUGUAGUACCUACAAAAUGGAGGGAGAGGAUGAGCAUUAUACAAAUGAGCAAUGAAGACCACAAAAAAGGUGAUACCUUGUUAGAAUCAGAAGUGUCGAAUAAGAAAGAAACGUCAGAAGAAGAUACGGCAGAGGAGGAUCUUCCUCAAGGUCAAUUCAAGGUUGUGACUAAAAGGGAAGGAAGGAAGAGGGAUAUCUAUGAAGCAGCAUUUGAUGAAAAUGGGCAGAAAAUAAAAGAAAAAGAAAUUACGAGAUGGGGAUUGCAGAAAAGGAUGAGGUCACCACAGUCCUUUGUUUUUAGCAAGCAGGAUCCGAAGACGGUGGUUAAAGAAAAGUUUUCAUUUAAGGGACAGUUGUAGAUCAUAGAAUGUAGAUAGCGGGUCAAUAAAUGGUUGAUGAAUAGUAUGUG